AUGGGAACUAAUCAUCUGUGCAAGAAGCUGGACAUGAAAUACAAUCAAUAUACUGUGCUAGAAAAGAUAGAAUCUCAUGCUUAUCAACUGAACAUUCCACCCAGCAUUCACAAUGUCUUUAAUGUAAAGCUUCUACAUGCUGCAGUGACAGAUCCCCUGCCUAGUCAGAGGCAAACUGACUGGCAGCCACCCACUAUAGAGACUCUGGAAGGACCUGAGUUUGAGAUUGAGGAAAUUUGUGAUGAACAAACCUACCAGAGGAAAAAGCAAUACCUCAUUAAAUGGGUAGGUUGGGCUGAGCCUAUGUGGAAUGACAUGAGUCUCCUACAAGAAGUGAAGGCCUUGAACACUUGGGAGGCCUCUCAGCAGACAAAAUUAGGUGUAAAGAGGACUUUAAAUAGUCAUAAAGGCCUGCAACAAAGAGGGAGAAGAGGGGUAGUAUAA